GUACGAAAGGAAAUGCGCAUCUCGUUACAAGGACAUAGGGUAGAGUCGUCGGUUGGGCAGUGCCCCCGACGGGCCCGACGCACUCACGCGCAGGAAGGGACAAUGGUGGUGACGCCUGGCUGGCCUUGAGAGCGAGCGAGCGAGCACGAGAGGAACAUACGACGAGGAAAAAAAAUACUGUUAGGAAACGCGAGACCUGCAGCGCGUUCGAGCGAGGUGGGGAGGAACAGAGAGAGCGAGGUGGAGGAAUUUAUUCUGCGCUGUGCGUCGGCGAUUGCUGUGACGUCAGGACGAGUGCUUGUUCUUCAAGAAGAAGUUUUUCUGCGGGCGUUUUGUGCUGCGAAGACUCUGUUCCGGCCGAUUUUUCGUGUCUCAUCUAUGUGGUUCAGUUUGGUGGUGGACAGCUGCCCUAUUGGCGUGACGUACGUGACAUCCUGCGUCUACUUGUGCCGAGUGUGAUAAUUAUUGUCGGCUGAUAACUGAUUGAAAUCUGUUAGAGGUUUUUGGUUCGAAGAUGUGCUUUUAGAAGCUGAGUGUAAAUCUCUCGGUGGUGGUACGGACAUGCAACGAUUUUGCUACAUUGCAAGUGUGCAUUCUUGGCUGGGGCGGACUCGAGGGAUGUGUAAUUUCUUUCAUCCAGCGACCUAGCGAAUCGAAAAUUGGAGCGGUGAUUGGUCUCUGGCCUUCAAAGUGCAUCGAUGAGGCCUAAGAGUGUUUGUCAGAGUUGUAUUAGACGAGACAGCUGUCCGCUUCGCAGUGAGCAAGAACAAAGCAUACUUUGAUCAAAUGCGAAGUCUGUAAUAGAGUUCUUGGAGGAGAACUUCAAGGCCUUCCCAAGGUUUUAUGGCCGAAAACAUCGGACAGAAGUCACCUUAGUGGAAAUGAAGAAUAAGGAGCAGUGUGAAGGGUUCUCGUUUCCUCUUCACUAUUCUUAAGAGGGACGAUAAAAACACCAUGACGACUGCAGGGGCCACCUCAAGUGCUCGGCCAACUUCUCCAUACCGUACAUGCAGGUUUACCGAAGCAUCCACACCAGCUACGGAUGUAAGUACCUUACACAGUUGCCACAGCGUUUGCCUGGAAAUUGUGAUUUGACACUCGGCUACCACUUUUACCCAACAUAUCUCAAGUAUAGACAACCCUUUUGAAGCGAAGCAAGAACAAAAUGACUCAGAUAGCGGAAGAAAAGCUGAAUUUGCCCAAAGACAAACCUCAGCCUAAAAGUCACGUGAAAACUUCGGGUGAUGUGGAAAAUGUACUGGCGAGGUCGUUGCGAAACGAGAAUGAUCUAUUGCGUUUUCAGCUAAAUGAUAUCAUUUCUCGAGAAAAAAAUCAGCGUAUAGAAUUACAAAGGCUUAGAUCCCAUCGCGAUGUGGAAGUGUCGCAACUUGUGAGCACGGCCACAACUCAGCUCAAGUCAGAAGUUGACCAAUUGAAGGGACUACUGCAAUCUACGUCAUCACAGCUUCUGCAAGCCCUUAAUGAUAAAGAGAAACUUGUAUCUGAGAAAGAUCAAUCUGUUCGAGUGCUUGAAGAAGUAAGGCAUGGAGCAGCUGCGAGCGAAGCAUCCUUACGCAAUCGCUUGCAGCACUUUGAGGAUAUGGUUACCAAAGGCUUUGCAAUGGCAACCACCUUAGCUGACUCAGUUGAUGCCUUCCAGCGGCAUGUUCUUCCUACUUUCAAUCCAUCCGCCACUGGCAAAGAGACGGGGGAAUCAGGAGCAGCUAGAUCCUUAACAGAAGAGUUAUCACGGCUGGAGAACGGGUUAACUCUUUUAAGAGUACUUGUGGAUGCUAAAAAUGACACCCUUGUUUUGAUCAGAGGAAAGUUGAAGCAAGAGAAUGAGGAGCUUAGAGCAGAACUCCAGGUUGCGCGAGAAAGGGAUUCCAAGCAGACUCUUGCUGCGCAACAACCUGCUCAAACAAACACGGAAGAUGUGGCUUUUGAGAAGAACAUGCUCCGGCAAGAGUUACACUCUUUGCAGAACCUUUUCAAUGCGGAAGUCAAGCAGUUGAAGGCCAAGUUAAAAAUGUAUGAACUGGAAGAUCAAGCUGGUCAUGGGCGUUUUGAAGAGGUUCAAAAGGAGUUACUCAAUCUACAGAACAAGCUUGUGGCACAAGAGGGAUCCAGAGCACUUCUGGAGUCUCGCUUGAAAGAAGAAACUUCUGCACGCUCUCAGCUAGUUUCUCAGUUGGUUACGUUGAGAAAAGAAAAUGAAAAGUACAAAGCAGAAUUGGAGACUUUGAAGCUCAAUCAAAAGUUUUUGCUCCGACAGCCGCGGAGUGGACGAAUUCCAGUUGAAAAGAUGGAUUUGAUGAACACCAUGAACCAACUGUUGAUGGAGAUGAAUAAGCUCAAGGGUGAUAAGGUUGCUUUAGAGGAAGAGUUAAAAGUGCAGCGGAGGUCGCAGGUUCGAGAGCAUGUGAAAAGAACGGUUACUGCUCGAGAUGUAAACAUGGCCGCGAGUAACAAGGUAGGUGAUUUGGAAUUGGCUUCCAAGCUAGCAACAGCUCGAUUACAGCAGCUCGAGCAAGGGGCAUCAAGGCUGUCCCCAAAUUCAGCAGGAACACCGCUCUCAUUAACGGAUUGCAACAACGACGGUUCCAAUGGCAUUUCCAGUGGCAUGUCCAUGAUUCACAUGAUUUGAGGUCCAAAACAAAAAGCAUGCGGUCGAGAAUGUUAGGCUGCUGGCACUCUGCCAGUCAUGAUCAACUUAAUUUGAUCUCUAAGAAAAGGCAAGCUGGAUGAAUCAGAGAGUCAUGCACCUGUGGCAUGGCAGUGAUCACCAUAAUUUGAUCUCUUAGAGAAUUGCAGUGAGCAGGCAGGUCAAGAAACAUGUAUAAUGGAUUGGCACAGCCAUGAGAACAUGAUUUGAUCUCGGGGUUUCAGAAAAGAGGCCCGACUACAGGAAUCAUUUCCCCUUUUUGAAAAAUUUGAAGCCAAGAUUACGUCCAGUAGCCUAUGCAGGAAACGCAAGUGUGAACUAGAUUCUUCAGAUAUCGUUUCUUCUUCCUUCGAGAGGCCUGUCCCACAUGCUGCCCUGUCCCGCUGCCGUAGUGCUUGAGCUGGUGGUACCCCGUCAUUGUGACCUGGAUGCUUGAAACACUUGCUGUUUCAAGCAUCCAGGAAACACUUUGUUGAUUGUACUGUUAGUAGUCUUUCAAAGGCUCAUGCCUUGUCCUUUUAGCCAGAUGCUUGUCUGCUGAGUAGACAGUUUGUUCUUAGGUGAACGUUUAUCCUCUUCAAGAGUUCCUUUCAAUUUCAAUGUGGUUUAUGCUCAAAAUAUUGGUGACUAUGAUGAAAGUUGGCUGAGCUGCUUAGGGUUUGGUGAGGCCAAUAUCAAGCGAACAAGAAUCCCUCUUCCAUUUGCGAUAACCAGGAGUGUAAAAGUCAUCGUCCCGUAACACUAGAGGUGUUUACUUCUGGAACUCGACAUGGACAGCUGGAAGAUUCUGCAGGAGAAUAGCUUGACAAGCCAAGUGUUCCUAGGACGAUGAGGAAGUAUUUUAGCCUACCACUGGACUGAGUUCCGUCAGUUUUUACAUGUAAUAAUCAUGAUGAUUCAUAAGCUCAACUAAUUCAGCGAUCCAAAAAGAAUAUUAAUCCGGUCUGCUUAGGAAGAGUUUCGCCAGUUUCAUCGUCCUAGCGGGGACCAAAUGCUUCAUCCAGGUGACUCCUUCAAAACAUAACUGGUAGGUCUAAACAUGGAAAGUCUGUUCAAAGGUUUUAGACCCAACCACCUACUUACGAUAUAACUGCAUAAAUGGCUCACCACCUCUCGGCCGCUGUCGAAGUCCGAUUUUUACCUGUAUCUUAGAGUUCCUUGCCAUAUAUUUUUCAUCUAUCUGCUUCAUCUAUCUGUGUUCUGACGUUAGUACCUCUGCUGUUACCUAGUUCAGUCAGCUGAGAUCAUUUUAAUACACACUGGGAUCUGCUUAUGAAUGUGUUAGCUUCAAAUAGCAUCUUUUGGUUAUCUUUUACUCUCUAAUUUGGGUUCU